AUGACUGAUCGUCGAUUUACAAUUCAAACUGAACCUCGUAGUAUGAAUACAAUUAAAACAGCAGCACCAAUGACUGCUGUACGUGAUGAUAUACAAGCACCACUUACUGGUACUGGUCCAUCAUCAGCUAAUACAGCAGCAGCUACAACAACUGUUCCUGAACGUCAUCCAUCACAAGCAGUUUUUCGACGUUUAUCAAUGUCUAUGGGUACAGGUCGAAAAUCUUCAAUGUUUCUUUCACCGAAUCAACCUCGACCAAAUACAUAUCGUAUGGAACCUGAUAAUGAAUAUCGUUUUCGUCCAUAUAAACUUCAAGCUAAAACACUUGAAGUAUUAGUUGAAAAAAUGAAAGAUAAAAUAUAUAAUCCAGCAACUGUCAAUGAACUUCUUAAAGAAGUUUCACGUAGUGUUCAUCAAUUAAUUAAAAAUUUUCAAUUACCACGAUAUAAAAUUGUUAUUCAAACUGUUAUUAUACAAAAAUGUGAUCAAGUUUUACGUAUUGGAUCACGUUGUUUAUGGGAUCCAAAAACAGAUAAUAUGUUAUCAGUUAAUUAUGAAACAAAAGAUAUGAUUGCUGUUGUUACUAUUCAUGCUGUAUAUUUUGAGUAA